ACUAUAUUUGUAUAUCUGUCCUCUCAAGGAUUAGAAUAAUUGAAUCUACUUUAUUACCAAUUCAACCUUUUGCAAGCCAAGGACCCCUUGGUGGACAGAGAGACAGACCAGGGAUGUUCUGUUACAUUUUGUCAUAUAAUUUAUAAAACUGAAUGCUGCAUUUAAAGCUUGGCAAAUAACAGCAUGUGCACUGUAUAGCAUAGAUGCAGAAAGUACAGCAAGCUUGUACGGUCGGUAAGGAGCUCUGCAGGAUUACACAUCAACUAAAUCACUCCUCUUAAGCUCUUUCUCCAUUCAACAUGGCUAUUGUGCUGAUUCAUUUGGUUAAAACUUGAUUCUGACAUAAAAAGGUGAUGUUUCUGAUUGGUAUCACUGCAGGUGAAAUAGUUUAGAGCAGCUAAGUUAAGAAUGCAGGUUAGGGUUUUAACAGAUAUUCCAGCAGCACAUAUACAACCUUCUGUAGAGGACCAAAAAUUUUGACUUGCCCUGUGAAAUAGAUCUGGGACCGACUAGAAUGGUUCAGAAUUCAAGAUCGGCUACAAGCUUUUAGAUAAAGGAAUAUUCCAGGUUCAGCACAAGUUAAUUUUAAUCAACAGCACUAAUGUAGAUUAGGAAUUUAGGAAUAUCAGAUUAGGAAUAGAUAAGGAAUUUAAACUUUCUUUCAACUAAAAAAAAACGUUACACUGAGGCACUUAUAAUGAAAGACAAUGAGGCCUAAAAAACUACAAUUAAUAUAUUUACAGUGCAAAUUAUACAUUUUAACAGAAGUAUUAAUGGAGGAUUUUAUAAUAUAAGCUUCAUAUUUUAAAUCCUCCAAAACUGGUCCCAUUCACCGAAAAUGUAAACUCGAUUUUGCCGUUUAAAAGAAAAUGAGGGAUGAGUUGAAAAUAUUUUUGGCUGUAAUCAUCAAUAUACCACAAAUGCUGUUGAAUGGGCUCAACUUGAACCUGGAAUAUUACUUUAAUCUAGUCUAAUUACAUCAAGAGAUCAUAUGUUUCUGUUACUACCAAGUAUGUCAACAUGACCAUAAAUAAAUAGAAUAAGAAUACUGUAUGUUACAAAUAUUACAUGUCAAAACAAUUCAAAACACUGCCAGCAUUUGAACAUUUGUAUGUUGCUGCCCUUAACGAUGUGAUAAUAUCUUUUCAAACGGAGAUAUUUUUGUAUUCGGUUUGUUUGUGUGUAAUCCCGCGCUGAGGUGCAUCUCGCGCGCGCCUGUUGCGUUCGUUGUUCAGUCUGACGCAGAGUUCAAACCAGUUGACCUCGAGAGUCGCGACCCGAGAUAAACCCUUCAGAGAAAGAGAGAGAUGAGCAGCAGUUUACAGAUGAGGACAGACAACUUCGUUCACUACAAGGAGGACGUCGUUUUUCUCUUGACAUGCAUCUUCCGAUUUUAAGAAGCGUUUUACUGGAAGCCACUAGGGGGAGCUAAAGGUCUUCAGGACGGCAACAAAGAGAGUUUCUCGAAUGCCAUCAUUACAAGACCUGUGAGUGUCUUGAGAUUUCACACAUUCAUUUAAACCCCUGACUCACAGCAUGAGGGACCAAAGUGUCACGCUGGCAGAACAGAGAGUGAUGUACCCUAAAGGACUACCUGAUCCAGUAAAUCAGGAUGGUGUUGUAUCCUUCACAGAGGAAACAGUGUCCAGCAGCAUGCUAGCCGGCUCUUUUCUUAUCCAUCCCAGAAGUCUGAGACGCCAAAAAAGUUCAGAGACCUUUGGCAGUAUCACACUGCGCCGCAAACGUGAGUCUAUCCCUGCCGAGAACAAAGACGAAGGUUAUUGGGACAAGCGCAAAAAGAACAACGAAGCUGCCAAGCGUUCACGUGAGAAACGCCGCAUCAGUGACAUGGUGGUAGAGAACAAAGUUCUGGCUCUUCUUGAGGACAACGCACGCCUGAAAGCUGAGAUACUGGCACUUAAGUUCAGAUUCGGUUUGAUCAAAAAUCCCACAGAUUCACAGAUCUGCUCACAUGGUUCAUAUAACCAACCAUUUCCAGCAGUACCCUGCUACUGCCCCAACACAAACCCACAACCUACCCAUGAACAACUGUUUUCAAACUCACAGCAAAACUAUGGGAUCUUCAUCCCUGGAGGAUCAAGCAUUGGAAGCCCAGGGCUCUCAGAUGAUACUGUAGGUGAACAUAUUAGAGGACCUUAUAGAGGUGAUGAACAGCCAGGUCGUGUUGCAGAAGUGGAUGCGAAUUCAGGCUGGCAAGAGAACAAUAUGAAAGGUCUUCCUCAUAAACUGCGUUUCAAGACGCCAUCUAGAAUUGAAGGUGCUGAGGUGGAAAAUCUCUCCUCUUCACAGUCUCAGUCUACAGCUGGGUGUGAGUGGACAGAGGGUUUAUGGAGGCCGCAGACACACACAGUGCCAUCAGCUUGUUCAACAGCACAUCAGAAUAACUCUUCAAUUCACAGAUGUACAGAAAGUCACAGUGCUAUCAGAUUCCAGCUUAGCGCUUUGACUGAAGAAGUGGCCGAGCUCAAAAAACUGCUCUCUCAAAAGCAGCAGUGAACUGAGAUUGAAUCUGUGACACAUGACUUCUGACCUAUCCAAAGAAAGAAGCUCCUUUUUCUGAUUGUUACAGACAAAUAUAAGAAGCCAGCUGAUUGUUCACUGGAAUAGUUUUUUUCAUUCUUGUGAAAUUUUCACAUGCCUGUUUGCGCCACUAGUAAUGUUUAUGACGUGCUAGAUUAAAUGAGAAAUAUUGUGAAAACAAAAGCUCUGCUGUUUUCUCUUGUAUACGGUUGUGGCAUAUUGUGCUUUGUUUAACACUCAACAUUACAGUUUUACAAUGAAAUAAAAUUGAAACCUUUUCUGUGUCUA